AUGCACGUUCUGUUGCCACUCACCGUUCUACUGAGCAGCCUUGCCACCAGGGCUGCUGCUGCUACCUCCUUCAUCACCCCUGGAGGAUCUGGAACUACGGGAUGGAAGAACAACCCGUCUUACGAUGCCGAUGAGAGCAUGAAUGUAGAGUGGCAGACUGACCUUGACGAGACAAACCUUCUCCUCUGGCAGGAUUACCCUGCUGCUGGCGGUGGCACUCAGUUCUUUAUGAGUCUGAAAGAAAACUCAACAUCGACCAGCUUCAUAUGGCAAGUCAGCUUCAACGGCUUCUCCACUGAAGUCAAAGACGGUGAAGACGCCGUCUUCCACUUCUCCCUUUUCAAGUCUGGCACCAACGACAUCUACGCCAACAGCCAAGCUUUCAACGUUACAGUUCCUCGCGAUGCAACAACGAGCGCGGCCUCUUCCACCGUCGAGCCUAGUCCCACGCCCACCCGCGACGCUACCGAAACAACAACAGACGCCGCCACCGAGUCAACAACAGAAGCUGCUUCUGAUUCGGAGGAUAAGGAUCUUUCUACCGGAGUUGUCGCUGGUAUCGCAGUUGGUGCCACCAUUGGAGGUAUCGCUGUCCUCGCUGGUGUCGGCUUCCUUCUCUGGAAACACUUCCGUAAGGGUCCCGGUGCUGCGGCCGGAGGAUAUGCGCCUCCCAGUGAAAUGCCUACUGGACCUCAGCACCAGCCCGUGCAGGAAUACUAUAAGGCUCCUGGGCAGCAUGCGCCAGCUGAGAUGGCUGGCCAGCCAUGGGUCCACCCUCCUCAUCAAGGCUAUAACCAAGGACCUGGUGGUCUUCAUGAGGCGCCAUAA